GUGAGGAGGGAGGGAGGGAGAUAUAGGCUGAGGGAGAGAGAAAGCAAGGGAGAAAAUAUAUGGAGGAGGAGAGCUGCAGGAAUUCUCCUCUAGAAAGAACGCAAACAUUGUGUUUGUGAAUGGGAGCUGGUGAGCUCAGCCACAGGGGGAGUGUGUUCUGAAAAACUAGGCAGCCGCUGGUGAGCCUGAACACCAAUCCUCUCCCUUCUGCCAGGGGCUGGGGGGAUUGAGCCAGGAUUUCCAUUGGGUUCUUCCAGGGAGUGAUUUAGAGAAGAGUCCAGAGCUGUUGGUUAGGAUUUCUAGCUGUAUGUAAGGAAUAUGCUGGAGAAGGUUUGAACACACUGUUAGCUGUUAUUGCAGAUUGAACACAGUAGUGUGUGCGACGUGGAGGCUCAGUCCGCUGGUUUAGUGUUGGCAGUGCUGCUCCCACCCCUGCUGCAGGGUCUGUUUUGGGGCUAUGUUUCUGACUGACUAGGGCAGCAUCACCCACAUGCAGGGCAGAGGCUGAAUCUGAGGUUAAGAGUGCAACUAACCAGCAUGGGAGCCAAACAGAUGAAAUGCCUCAGUUCAGCCAGCCCUGCACACUCCCCUAAAGAAGAGUACAUCAUCGCUCAGUCCACAGACACUCCUAAAGAAGCAUUUAUCUCAGCUCAAUCUGAAGACCACACCGAGCCUGGGGAUAACAAAUCAGAGUUGACGGAAAGGAAAUCUGAUACAGAAGAGGUGUUGUCUCUCUGCGGCCUGCGUCCUGCCACAGGGCAUGGUGGGCCAGAGGAGGAGAGAUCAUGGGAGGAGCAGCUGGAGUGUCACCAGGAGCAGCUGGAAAAGGAGAUGCAGGAGGCCAGGAGGAUGGUGUUCCGCCUGCAGGCUCUACUGCUGCACGGGUCUCUCCCUGAGGACGAGCAGGACGUCUCCCUGGGCUUCGGGGAUAGCAGAGCUAACUCUGAGCAGCAGCUGGUUCUAAUCCGCAGUCGUCUGGACCAAAGCAUGGAGGAGGCUCUUGAUCUGAAGAGGGAGCUUCUGAGGCACAAGCAAGAGGCACGCCACCUUCAGGCUAUUAAGGAUGCUCUUCAGCAGCGUAUGUCUGUACAGGAGGCUGCGGUGCUGCAGCUGAAGCAGGAGCUACUGAGGUGCAGUAUGGACAAAGAGCAACUGGAGGGGGAGAACGCAGAGCUCAAACGGAAGUUGAGCGAUCGGAACAAACUACUCAAUGAGUAUGAGCAGCAACUUGGAAAAAAGGAUCGACUACUUCAGCAACAGCAAAUGAAACUGGAUGAUGCUCGGCACAACUCUAAUGAAGGAAGCCACAGGUCAUCUAGGAGUGAGAAGAGUGGGUACAGUAACGCUGUGAGCCCACCCCCUGGUCCGGCCUUUCAACACACAGCUCAGUCAGAGGAACUGCAGCUGGUGAGGGAGGCCCUGCGUAGUCUGAGGGAUGGUUUCUCAGGUCACGACCCUCAGCAUCACACCCUGGACACACUGGAGCAAGGGGUGGCCAGUCUCAUGGACCGCCUAUACACACUCGACACACGCCGCAGGCAGCAGGACAGAGAAGGACACACACAACAAUACACACAGAAGACCACAGAGGGUCCAUACAAGUCACCAGGACGAAGAGCCAACCCCACAGACAGGGACUCAUGGCCACCCAGCUCAAAAAUAGCUCACUCCCACAGUAGUCCUGGCCUGGACUCCACAGUCUCCACUAAAGUCCUCUACUUCACUGAUCGUUCACUCACUCCUUUCCUGGUCAACAUCUCCAAAAGGCUGGGGGAGGUGACUCUGAGAGACUUCAAGGCAGCGGUGGACCGCCAGGGUAGCUUCAGGUACCACUUCAAAGCCCUCGACCCAGAGUUUGGGACUGUGAAGGAGGAGGUGUUCCAGGACGGAGCCCUGGUGCCUGGCUGGGAGGGGAAGAUAGUGGCCUGGGUGGAGGAGGACCAUGGAGAGAGACGGUAGAAGUGGGAACCAACCAACCAUAGAGGGAACCACUAGCCUCAAACUGUGACCACUGGAAUAUGAUGUCAUAACACCCUCUCAGUUUUCACAGCAGCCCUGCAGAGGUAGUUAUUAAAACCAUUGGGACCAAUCUAUUUAUUACUGUUUCGAGAUAAAACCAUACUUUCAAAAAUGGCUCUGUCCUAUGGACAUUUGACUUACAGUAACUGUUUGAAGUACAAGUUGUUGCCAAAUAUGAAUAAAGUUCUUCACAAUACAAUUUUGAAGUUUUAAUAAACAUGGAUUAUUGCAUGAA